GGAAACUCUUGUUAGUCAUUACCCAAUACCAGGAAACCCAAGAAGGGUACAAAGUAGACGCAACUCCGCAAACGUAUCAAACAGGAAAAUAAACUCUGUAACGGUACCAAACUGCUUGGUGACAAUCCUGAGGAUUACCUGAAAAUUACCACUUCAGAAGAAAAAUGGGCUUUGUUCUUUUACUCGCUCUGAUCCCAGCAGUCAUCUGCUCACCGGUGUUUCUUCCAGUCGACUGCACUGACUUGUACAACAGAGGUUUUGGUCACAGUGGUGUGUACACCAUCUACCCAGCAGGACCAGUGUCGCCUGUCCAGGUCUACUGUGACAUGGGCAGUGCCGAUGACCCUGAUAGUGGUAAAUGGACUGUGAUUCAGAGAAGAAAAGACGGCACUGUGAACUUUUAUCAUGGAUGGGACCAGUACAGAACUGGAUUUGGACAAGCAUCAGGAGAAUACUGGCUGGGUCUGGAGAACAUCUAUGUCCUUACUCAGAGGAAGAGCUAUGAACUGAAGAUAGAUAUGGAGGACUUUGAGGGCAACAAGGCCCACGCCACAUAUUCCUCCUUCUCUGUGGGUCCAGAGCAAGACGGCUACAAGCUUGAUCUCACUGGCUUCAAAGACGGAGGAGCUGGAGCUUCAUUCACUGGCCAUAAUGGUCUGAAGUUUUCGACAUUUGACAAAGACCAGGACACUCAUGCGACGAACUGCGCCAAGUCCUACCUGGGAGGAUGGUGGUACGGAGAAUGUCACGCCGUUAACCCAAACGGCGCUUACUUAUGGGGCAGCUCAACCUUUGGAAUGGGAAUCAACUGGCAUUCUUGGAAAGGUCCAUAUACAUAGGGGAACUGGGAGAUGCAGGCAUCUGAUCCAGGAGUUUGCAGACGUAACUGGCUACGUCGACCGAACGCUCCUCGUACAUCUGAAUGAACGGGUCUCUCUGCAUAUGGGAAGAUUAAAAAAAGAAGAAAAAAAAAAAGAUUGCAAAACAUGUCUAACUCCAAAACAAAUACAAUGCACUAAAGAAAAGACGGAGGGCAACAUUUAGUCAACUUGACACUCACCAGUAGCUCCUUGUACUUUGGCCUUUUCGAUUCAUCCUUUGUAAGGCUUGAGGGAAAAGAUUAAAAAGUGGGUUAAAAUGUUGUAUUUAAGCCUGUUGUCCACCAGGGGGAGCCAACAGCCUGUCCCCACAACAUAAAACCUUUCCUGGAUAGCUCAGAUUGUUCAAGGUAUGGGUUUUAUGAGGUGCUAACGUGUAGACAGUGCUAAGUGAGAAUCAGCCUGAGCCAGGCAGUCAGGCUCACUCACAGUGCAAACAUAGAUGCCAGCAGGGGAAAGGCUCACCUUCAUAAAAUCGACAUCAGCUCAAGAAUAUGGCAGCCACUUUAUCUAGACAUGAGACAGCCUCUUCUGACUGAAAAUUCAAGUUUGUGCUACUUCCGUGCGACUAAAUGCUUCAAAACGUGCAAGUCAAUAAAUAACAGAUUUUAACCUACUGAUAGAGGCAGCAGUGGAUCAACAACUCAUGCACGGUGAUGCAAGUUUGCUGAUUUUUCUCUGUGGAAUUUGGUGAGACAAACCUUUAUUUCAAACCAAUGGCAAAAUAAAGCAAUAAACAUGUUCUUAA